CGCGCAACUUCAAGCACACGUUCAUGUUAACUAAGAGCGUGUUAACAGCCCGUUAGCGCUAAUAGUUAGUCAGCCUAGCUGUGUUUGUAUGCGCAACUUGAACUCUCUCUCUCUCUCUCUCACUCUCUCGUUCAACCAUCUCCCAUUCGACCCAGUCUCCAACACCUCACCACCGAUAACGAUGCGGGGCAAACGCUCUUAUGAGUUUGCCAAGGUCAUACAGGCUAAGGCACAGGAACUCGAAGAAAUGGUCCCUAAGAACAUUUGGCCCUCGGCCACCCCCUGCAAGUUUCGCCUCGCAUUAACGAACCUCUCAGGUGGCAUUCACGUACUAAACUUGCGCGAAUGCGACCCUAAAUUCAUCGCCACACUCAACAACCUCUUCGCCCACUAUAACUCGGACCGCGGAGAGACUGGAGUCAUUACUUGCUUGUUCGCGGCGGUGAAGGACCGCCUUUUCACCGUGGAAGACAACCCCCAUGAACCGCCAGGCCUCAUUCCGGUAGAUUUAAGGUCAAGCGAAGUAUUCGGGCUACCGGGUCUGACCAUGACCGAUUUAAAGACGGCCGGGAAGAUGGUAGAGGAGUACUUCAAGCGCAACGGGACUGUCGGCGAAGGAGGUGAACUAGACCCCGAGGACCUCAAAAUACCAAAAAUCCCCAUGAACUCGAAGGCUAGGCAUAUUGUUGAACACCUUCUACGAAGCCGACCGAAGUCUCCAUUGCGUAGCCAGUAUACCAACGAUUCGGAUGGCGACAAAGCGUGGGAUUACGAUACGGAUGAAGCCGACCAAUUUCGCUGGGAGGAAUGCUGCAACCAAGUGGAGAUCAACUGGGAGCAUGAAAUUUCCGAGUGCAUCCCUCUCCACCCGCUCAACCUUCGGCAGCCGAACAGCGAAAAUGAAUACCAUGAAGUUGGCGCGAGAGAAGGUCGUGAUGAGGCGCUCUCUCUCAACGAACUAGGUGGAGUUGGUCGCGACUUUUACACUCCGAGUGAUUGGGAUUUCGACUUCGUUUACAACUUAUGGGUAAUCUCGAUCAUCACUGAAACCGAAAUGCAACUUGCACACGAGUGGAUUAGUUGGGCAUUCACCAAACGCCUCUUCACAUCCCACAACGCUGAUAUGAUGUAUUGUACUACUUCCCACGACAUCAAGACUGCUGCGUAUGCUCUGGCAAACUACCUUGACGAGGGCUGCCCAGCUGAUUACACCAAAGGACCGGGCGUCGUACGCGAGGACAAGAAAGUUAUGAAGAAGAAGAAGAAGAAAGGUCCCGGUCGGGUUAAGUUUAAUUUGGCUGGAUAAUGGAACUGACUUGGACAUACAUGAGCUUUGGAAUAAGGAAGAAUCACACAGCACGAUGAAGGAUAAC